CUUUCACAUGACUUCCACUACGUGACUGACUCACAUUCCUCACAUUAGAUCUGUCAGUAAUGUUCGUGACGAAUACAACACAAGCAGUGGAUUAAGACAUCGCUGUCGUGUGUGUGUGUGUGUGUGUGUGUGUGUGAGAGAGAUAUGUAAUAGAUGUUUUCUGUGCCAAACAGCUGAUUUGUAACGUCGCACUCGAGCUGAAAUCUUCAAUUAUACUUUUGUGUGUGUGUGUGUGUAGUGUGCAUCUUCAGCCUAUCGGGUAGGAAACACAUUGACACGAGACAGCUGAUGACUGAGCGACAUUUAGCUUUCUCUGGGCUUCGUGUCGGUGAUGGCUGAGCUCAUGUUGCCAGACUCCAGAAGGUGUAAUUAUUUCUUCCUCUAUGAUGGAUCCAAAGUCCGAGGAGAGGGCGACCAAACGAGAGAGGGAAUCUGUUACUUCUACCCUGAAGAGACCCCUUUAGAUGAGCAGGAGCUGCUCUGCGGUCAGCUCGUUGGCACAGCUCGCUGUGUGUCUGAGCUCUCCUCCUCUCCUGUGCGCAUACUGAGGCUGCGCCGCAACAAGUUUUCCAUCCGCGUGAAAGAUGACUUCUUCUGGGCUCUGGGCUGCUCCGUGGAAGUCCCCACCAUCAGUGUCUGUGAGCUCCUGGAUCAGCUCAUAAACCUCUUCUGUUUCUACACCGGCUCGGUGCGACAGAGCUACCAGCGUAACAGUAAGGAAUCUCUGGCCGCUCGAUGGGCGCAGUACCUCUCACACCUGCAGUCAGGAUCCUCAGAGCUUCAUCACAUCUUCAGCUGCUUGAGGACGAUUGACUCAACUAAUGUUGACCCACUUCUGCUGCUCAAAGCUGCGCUCAUCCUUCAGGCCUGUCAGCGCUGCCCUCUAGUGUUAGCAGGCUGUAUUCUGUUCAGAGGAAGAGUUGUAAGCACACAGAUGUCUCCAGAGCUCACAAUGAAGGUGAUGUUUCAUGAGAGUGAAACAUACACCAAGCCCCAGAGACCGAGUGCACCGAGUACCUUCAGCUCAUUUGGCGGAGCUGUCGGCUCCACUGCGGUGUUCCUGACGCUGUCUGAACUCCAGUAUGUGCAAUCCGCCCCCGUCGACAAAGCUUUCAGCUCUCAUUCUACUCCACACAAAAGCACCGCCUCAAAGAAGACCCGCCUGUCAAGAACGUUAUCCGACACUCCAUCCUCCAGCGAGUCGGAGCCAUCUGAUCCAGGUUCCUCUCAGUCUGCCCAGAAGCUCUACAGCCCUCACCUUUCAGACCGCUCCGUGUUAAGCCCAGAUCCAGCCGCACCACGGCCGCUCGAGCCUCCUCUCUCAAACGGAACACUCUCCCCUGAAGCUGAAGAGGAGCCGCAGGAAGAGUCGUUUUAUUACAGUUUUCACAGCAACGGAGAUGGAGGCAGUCGGACGCAUAACGAAGGAGAGAUGCCAGAUCCUCCUCCUCCUCGCUCGGCUGCUUUUGACCUCCCAGAGGAGAGUCCACCGAUUCCCAUGACGCUGUACCUGCACCGGGUUAAAGGCCUGGUGCUGGCUCUGCUGGUGGAGCCGCACUUCCUGAGCGACACAGCUUCUAUGGAGGAAGUGUAUCACUGCAGCCUGGCGUCCCUCAAUGGACUGGAGGCCCAUUUGAGGAGCGUCUCUCCAGGGGCCCCGGGAGCCCCAGGACCCUACAUCUUUGCCCAUUUGGACUGCAUUCAGAGCACGCUGACAUCCAACCUGUCUGGUCGACCGGGGGGAGCCCCGGAGCGUCCCUUUGUGAGAGCCACAUCACUGCUCCACUCGCAUUUCUGUAACACUGAGACUCUGCAGGAGGCUAUUAUCAGGAGUGCCGGAGCUGCUGUGUAUGGAACCCGCAGCGUGGCCCAGGAAACUUACUUCCAGCAGCACGGGGGAUCGCUGAGGAACUCUGGCAUCCCUAACCACCAGGACAGUGCUUUCUCGCUGCCCGGCAAGGCCCGACACAGACUACUGAAACACGGGGUCAACCUGCUCUGACGGGGGACAGCAGUCUGCACUCAGCCUUCAAGAGGAGCUGUUUUUAUUAAGAUGUGAAGAGCGGCCUUGUGAGUAAACCAGAACAUCGACAGGGAGCAUUUGAGGAUAUGAUUCAGAGCUUCCUCUCUCUUGUUGCUGCUGUGGUUUGCUUGUUCCCACAGCAGAUUGUAUGAUGUUAGCAUAUGCUGUGCUAUGAAACCUCAUGGUACUAUACUUUAGCACAACUUUGUAACAUAACUAUGGAUACAGAGCGGAUAUUUUGCUUCCACAAGGUUUUUAUCAUAGUUUCUGUUAUCAUCUUAUUCCUGUUAUGCUCAAACACACAUCGGUGCACAGACUGUAAUAAUUCCUCUUACUUGUAUUUAUUAAUUUAACAGGACAUUUAGACUAAAGCAAGAUUAAAUGUUUAUUAUUCUGUUUUAAUGUUGUGUAUUUGUACAGAAUCAUGUUUUGAUAUGUUUGCAAAAUUACUGAUUCAAUACACACAUUUAUAAAAUCUUUAAAAGUCUUUUUAUAAAAAUAUCUAUUUAUUACAGUUCAAAUCUUUGGUAGCAUUAAAACAAAGUGUUAUUUAACUGUUAGCCUCCUAUAUCUACUGUUUUUCUUCAUUGAAAGUGUCAUUUGUUGUAAUAAAGUCUGUAUUCUUGAAGAGA